UGACUACGGUAGCGUACGGUGUCGAAUUUUCUAAUUAAUUUUUUUUUUUUACCUGUUUAUUUUUAUUGAUAUUAUUUUCGUAAUGAUUUAUAUGUUGGCUAGGCCGAUAACAUGGUAGGUACAUUGGUAGUCAAGGUGCAUAAAUCAAAAUGCACAAGUAGCUACGAGUGGUAGAAACUUAUCAGAUCUAUAGUAUACUAUUUACCUACUCUGUGGUCAGAUUUAAGUUAAGCUAAAUGAUAGCCAUGUGUCAAAACAAUUUCUCAUGCUGUCAGCUGUGAGCAGCCGUGAGUGCCACUAUAUACAUUGUAAAACAAAAAUUGAAUGGAAUUUAGAAUAUGUACUAAUCUCUGGAUCGUAAUAAAAUUACAUAUUUAAUGUUUUGAAUAUUGAGAUUCUCUAUAUUGGGUAGAAUAUAUAUAAUACACUAUAAAAAUAUUUCUCAAAUUCUCAAGAAACAGGAAUUCAUAUAUUAACUAGAUGAUAAUAUGACAAUGGCAAAUCUGGAGACAAUAUUUUAUAAUAUUGAGGAAACUUUAAAAAAUGAUUAUGAAAGAAAAUUUCUCAUAGCUAUUAUUAAGAAAGAAAUUAAACACAGUGAUGAUCAUAAUUUGGAUGAGGAUAUUAUUAACUUAUUAAAAAGGUUUCUGUAUAAACUCAUCGAAGACAUUCAUAAUUUGGCGACUAUACUUAAAGCAAAUGAAAGUAUUUUAAUAAGUGUUAAGAAUCAAAAGACUCUACGAACUUGCUUUCAAAUUAUUACCUCAUUUGGUAUUUCAAAUUGUUUAAUACCUGGACUGGGUCUGAGUUUAUCAAAAAGGUGUGUAACUGGAAAAUCUAUACCUAAAAUUGAAUUGAAUGAUGACCAAAAAUAUGAGGUACUAGUUGGAUGUACAGAGUUUCUUCACAGAAGUUAUUCAGUACCAGUCCUAAAAAGUAUAAUAUUAACAUUUCACUUGUCAGACUAUUUAGCAGCUCUAAUUCAACUUGCAUUUGCACCUCUAAAGAAACCAGGUGUCUACAAAAAUUUUACUAUGACCGAAGAUAAAUAUAAUAAGCUUAAUAUAGAUAGGCAGAAGUACAUAACCAUAUAUGAACAUUUAGUAAAUAAUUGCUUCCAACCUAUUCUUAUGAAAGAGUUAUUAGUGCUACAAAAUGCAAAAGAAGUUGAACCUCCAGCAUUUGUCAAGAGAGUGAUUGCCAAGGAAAUGAGCCGAAGACUAAUAACACCAGGUGGAUUACUAAGCCUGAUCCGGUGUUUCAUGGAAAAUCAUGAAAUAGAUGUUGGUGUAGACUGGAAGAAAAUUGAUAUGAUCUGUAAAAUUGCUUGCAACAAGCAUGGUCAAGUAACAGAAUAUGAAUACUUGAAUAUUAUCUGCAAUCAAUUGAGACAAAUACUUAAUCUUAAUAAUACACAUUAUUUGACAACUGCUGUAUGCUGCUUAUUGAGUUUGUCAACAAAAUAUUCUGAUUCACAAGUUGUAACAAGUUUGCUAGAAGACACGCUUCAACCAUUCAACUAUGAGUCAUUGAUAGCACAAAAUAACAAUCCGGGAACAAUAAUACUUACUGCACAAGAAGUUGAACAUAAAAUUUCUAUAUUACAUACUUGUACUUUUAUCACAAAAUUGGAGCUACCUUAUAAAAUUUUAGCUUCUAACUUAUUUAUAUUAUUUGUGCUGUCAAUAAAAUGUUCUAACAACAUAUUGCAAAAUAAGUUAAAUGAUAUAAUUUUGAAGAUUUUAGAUUUGGGUGAUAAUGUAUCAACCUCAGAUACAAUCAAGAAAUUGUUUAGCAAUGAAUUUUGUUCUGGACAAGUAGGUGUUCUUGCUGAAGAAUAUAAUUCAGGCCUUAUCCUAAAAUGUGUUUCUACUCCAGUGAAUCACAACAUUGAAGAAAUAUCCUCGCUGUUGGUUAACUUGUUUCGAAAUAGUACAAACAUUACACUCACGCAAAAUUUAUUUGAGUGCUUCUUGCAAUUAUUCCUAGAUGUAAAUGUUAAAAGACGAAACAAAAGUGAAAGGGAAAAAUUAUUAACACUAGAGGAUGAUCCUAUUAUCCUUAGUAAAGAUGAUGAAAAAUAUGCUAACAUUAUUUUAAUUCUUUCGGAAAUAUCUGCCACACCUCAAGCUAUAAAUGUUGUGAAAUCAAAUCCUUCAAUUACAAUAAACUUUGUUGAAAAGUUGUUAUCUCUUGAGAGUAAAGAAAAUGAUGAAUGUGUGACAAUAGCAUUAGUUUUGCUGAACUCAGUAUUGUCAUGUAAUAAAAAUGAUCUUGUUAAAAAUCGACUAACAAACCUGUUACCUAUACUUGAAAGAAUAUCUCAAAGCGGUGAUCAUAACAGAAUAUUAUGUAAAGAAAUAUUAUCAUUUAUUAACUGUGAAUACCCUCGAAAAGAUAAAACACCAUAUGGAAAGGCAUUAUCAAAUGUAUUGGAUAGUCUUCUACCUGUAAGAGCACAUGGGAUAAUGGAACUCACAAAGCUUAUUGAAGCUGCAGACCCAGAAACUAUAUCUAAAAGGCAUUAUGUUUUUUGCUUACUUCAGGAACAACUCAAGGACUUGGAUUCUUAUGUUUACCUCGCAGCAAUUAAUGGAAUUGCUUCCCUUGCAACUCAUUUUACAGAAGAUGUGUUAGGUUUACUGUGUAAAGAGUUUUUACAAAUCUCAUCCAAAAGGGUUGUUGAGACUCAAGAAGAUCAGAACAAAAUUGCUGAACUGAGAAUGAAAAUUGGAGACAUUAUUGUAAAAGUAACUAGAAGGCUUGGUGAAAUGGCAAUUCUUCAUAAAACAGAACUUCUUAACACCUUUCUGUGCGGAUGUAGGGAUGAGGAGCCGUUAAUACGAACUUCAGCAUUGUCCAAUUUAGCUGAAAUAGCUCUUGUACUACAUUAUAGAGUCGGAACUAUUAUCUAUGAAAUUCUUCUUUGUAUUUGGACUAUAAUAGAAACUGAUAAAGCAAUUGAAUGUCGUAGAGCUGCUGUGAUGGUUAUUUCUAGUUUGAUAAAAGGAUUGGGACAAGAAACAUUAAUUGAACUAAAAGAAAAUUUGUUACCCAUAUACAGAACGUUAAUGAAAUUAUACAAAGACGAAGAUGAGGAUAAUAUUUUAAGACUUCAUGCACAAAUAUCGCUCGAGGAGCUGAAUGAUAUAGUCAAAGAAUUUUUGUCUUCAGCAAUUCCUAUGGAAAAACAAUUUUGUAUUUCAAAUGACUCAAAUGAUAUAAAAUACAAAUAAAACAAUAAUGAUUACAAAGUUAUUGAAUAAACGGAGCUUCGAUCCGAGAACAUGUCUCUGUUACGCCUACCGAAAAUACUGCUGCGAGAAAGAGAUGACACUGUUCCAAUCGAUAUGUUGUCCCUGUCACCGUGAGGGACCAUUUUCCAGACAAGAAGGCCAAUUCCGGCAAAAGCAGUGACUACCAGGAACAUUACCAGUGUUACUUCACCAAACAUACCUAGGAAAUAUAAAAAUGUAUAUUUAAAUUGAA